AUGGUCUCCGCAUACCCAGAUCUCAAAUCACUUAUAGGACAUGAUUUUGGAGAUGAACAGACACAAGCAGAGCUCGAGCUCAUAUAUGGGCUGCACAAGUUGGGCGUCUCCAAAUAUGUGAAUUUGCCUCAAUUGAUCGUCGUUGGAGACCAAAGCGUUGGCAAAAGCUCAGUGCUUCAAGCUGUGACAGAGAUUCCUUUUCCAACCGAUGAUAAGAUGUGCACUCGCUUUGCAACCGAGAUUGUGCACAGAAGAACUUCGCCAAGCGACACAGUUUCGGUGACCGUUGAGAUCAUUCCUGAUUCCAACGAAACUCAAGAGCGAAAGGAGUUAUUGUCCUCAUGGCGUCCGUUAGCUUUUGGGCCCACGCUUGACAAGGAAACCAUGAAUCCUAUAUUCAAGCAGGCAGAAUCUGUUAUCAUUGAAGACCGUGCCGAUUUCCGGCCUGGUAGAAGACCAAAAUACAAUAGAUUGAGUAGCUCUGUGCUACGCAUAACUCGACGUGGCCCCGAAGAGAAGAAUUUUGCGAUUGUAGACAUACCUGGUCUUGUUCGUGGAGAUGCUAAAAACACGGAGCAUCAAACAGCCAAAACUCUUGUCCAGCAUUACAUGCAUAACCCAAGAAGCAUCAUUGUGGCUGUUAUUGAUGUGAUCGAUCUCGAAAGGCAGGAAGUCCUGCAUAUGCUCGACGAUAUAGAGGACAAAGAGUCUAGGAUAGUUGGAGUUAUCAACAAGUGUGAUACCAAGCAAAAGCAAUCACACGACUGGGUUUUUGAGCUCAUCAAGAAUGAUGACCUAUCCCCACGAUACCUGAAAGAAGGGUGGUACGGUUUGCGUAACCGGGCACCAAUCGAAGCCAACAACAGCGAUGCAGAAAGAGAUGCUAUCGAGGAUGCCUUCUUUUCAGGCGAUUAA